AUGGAAGAAGCUGAAGCUAUCUUUGAACAACAAACCAACGGGUUGGAGCUUGCAAUGGAUACUAAUAUGAUAGAAAACGAUGAUUUGCUAUCUGAGGAACUGGAAGAACAACGUAAAAUCUUAAAUUCUCCCAACGUUAGGACAUCAGGAAAAGCAGGACAAGAGAAAGAGUUUACAGGUGACAAAAAGAAGAAAGCAGAAGCUACUUUUGCCGAGGCUGAGCCAACGAGAGAACAAACAAAGAGAAGAUCAAAGUCUUCUCAAACAAAACCAGAGCUUUCACAGAGGAGACCAGGACAGAGAAGUCCGGAUACAGGAGCCUAG